AUGGUGCCGCGACUUUGUUCGAUGGACUACGGAGCCCCGGUGACUAAUUCAAGAUAUGAAGAAGAGGAUCCCAAUUACAUCUACGGCAUAGUAUCAUCGCUUAGUAAGGAUUGUGGAUCUAGCUUAGUGGCCAUCGGUUGGAAUCGGCCCAAUGGAAAAAUUGACUAUCUUUGUGGUGGGUCGCUGAUAAACGACGACUUCGUACUGACCGCAGCCCAUUGCGCCGUGGACGAGUUCAAUAUUGCGCCGAACACGGUUCGAAUCGGAGAUACCGAUCUUGGCAGUGAAAAGGACGAUGAGUUUGCGAAACAGAUCGCAAUCGGGCGCAUCAUUGUGCACCCCCAGUACCGGGGAUCGCGAAAAUACUUCGAUCUGGCGUUGAUUCAACUGGCGGAACCAAUCAAAUACUCAAUGGCAGUCUGUCGGGCUUGUCUGUGGCGAGAAUCUUCGCUACCUCCUGAGCGAAUGGAUGCCAUCGGGUUCG